AUGAGCACCUCCAACGACCAAGAGUUUCCAGUGAUCAACCUUUCUGACGACGGUUGGUCCACCGAGGAAGAAGCCACAGCGACCUGCUUCUGUGGGGAAGUGCAACUGGUUCUGCCACUACAAAAGCCUGGUUUGAUCAAUCGUCAUCUCUGCCACUGCACCGACUGUCGCAAGAUUGGAUCUGCUUUCUACCAGUCCAACAUCACCGUGGCAGACUCUUACCUCAGACGCGUGCGCGGUACAGACAAUCUCACGACCUUUAGUGAAACAAAAACUAUUCGCGGUAGAGAAUCGAUGACAAACUACUUCUGCAAAACAUGUGGAACUUUGAUGUACCGGCGGGGUGCUCGCUUUCCUGGACUAACGAUACUACGGACUGGCACCGUGGAUGACAUCUCCUUAGCAGAGACCAGAUUGCGACCUCAGGUGGAACAGUCCAUCGAGAGAAGGGUCGCCUGGUCGGUGCCGAUAGAAGGUACUGCACAGGUGAUGGGAAUGCACCAGCCGUCGGAUCUCGAGGGCAUUCCGUAA